ACUCAGGUCUCGAGCGAAUCAGUGUGCGAGUCUCUCUGCCAUUUGCGCGUCGGUACGCGGCUACGCGGCAGUGGUGAUAUCAGAAUUCUACGUCUGCUUACCGGUGCGUAGAAAACGCAAGCCUUAUUAAGUGCGUUUUGUAUCUAAGUGCUUUAUCGAUCACGCAAUUAAAUUGAUCAGCAUGGCGGAUACAGAAACUAAAGACACCAAAGUUGCUACAACCCCUGAAAAAAAAGUAGUUGAAGAAGAAAAAAAAGUAGUUCAAGAAGAUGAAGACUCAAAAGCAUCUGAGAAUGGAGAUGCCAAAGAAACCAAAGAAAAUGGCUCAAAUGAAGAAAAAGAGUCAGAAAGCAAGGAAGCAGAAUCAACAGAAAAUGGUGAUUCUACAGAUGCUUCCGUUGAUAGCUGUUGCAUAAAAAGGAAAUCAACAGCUUUAAGUGAAACAACAGAAGAUGCUGCCAAUGAUGGUGCCAGUCCUGAAAAGAAAACAAGACUUGAUGAGAAGUGUGCUGAAACGGAAAGCAAUGGGGAUGCAGAAUCUACGGCCUAAUAUUUUUUAUGUUUACUGCAGAUUUAAUGUAUAGAUACAAUUUUAACAGCUAACAGAGAAGUCACAACACCUAAAAUUUGUUAUCCAUGCAUCGUCAUGACAGACGAGCAUUAAAAACAGAAACUUCAAUAUUGUAUUAAUGACUUUUUGUGUUCAGACAUUUAUGUGUGUUUAUUGCAACCGUUUUUUAUGACUCUGAUUGGCAGUAGUAUAUCUCUACAAUAUCGUCAUAAAUUACCAUUUUAGAUUACUACCAUUCAUGUUUCCUAUAUUUUCCAUACUGAUGUCCAUACAUAAUAAAUAUUUUACGCACAGUGCUAAACUUAUAAAAUGAGAAAAAUAUAAAUAAUAAUAUAUUUCUGAUACAUAAAAGUAGAUAAUGGUGUGGUGCUUGAGAAAGAUAUUUAUGGAAAAUAUUCCAUGCAUAAUUCUUAUUCUUUCCGAUGCACAGACAUGAGAAUACAUAAAUACCUUAUAUCGAAGAUGAAAGAAACAAUAUUUGUUUGCAAAUCAAAAUACAUUCCUGAAAUAUCUUGAAGC